AUGCUAGCAGACAAAGACUUUCACAAGCCAGGAGCCAUUGAUCUAUUAAUCGGAUCAGGAACCUUCUGGCAGAUUAUGAAGGAUGAACAUAUUGAGUUGCUUCCCGGACAACCGCGAAUGCAGAACAUGUCUUUAGGAUGGAUACUCGGAGGAACUCUUACGGAAUUGUCAAGUGACGAUAAGGUGAUGUGCAAUCUACUAACAAACGACGAAUUAAGUCAGCAGCUGGAGAGAAUGUGGCAAUCCGAAGAAAUCAUCGAGCAAAGGCAUUACUCUCCAGAGGAGCGAAAAUGUGAGGAGCACUUCAAGGCAACAAUGCAACGAAAUAUAGAAGGUAGAUUCGUAGUAGGAUUGCCUCAACGGGAGGAUAUCGAGCUUGCGGAGUCGUAUAGCACAGCAGUGAAGAGACUGUACGCAUUAGAAAACCGAUUUGCACGACAGCCAGAAUUGAAGUUGGAAUACAUUCAGUUUAUGGAGAAAUAUGAAACGCUUGGACAUAUGUCACGUGUCGAAGAAAAUACAUCGAAGAGUGGGCAGGAUAUUUAUUACAUACCGCAUCAUCUUGUAGUAAGAAGCAAUGUAUUAACCAGUAAGUUGAGGGUGGUUUUUGACGCGUCGGCUUUAUCAGCAUCGGGAGUGUCACUAAACCACAAGCUAUUAGUAGAUCCUCAGUUGCAAGAUACUUUAUUCGCAUUAUUAUUGAAGUUUAGAAUGCAUCAAUACGUAUUGACUGCUGACUUGGAAAUGAUGUACCGACAAGUCCUUGUGAAAGAACAGGAUAGGGAUCUUCAAAGAAUUUUAUGGAGAUCAAAUAACGACGAAGAAAUCCAGAUUUUUCGUUUAAACACGUUAACAUAUGGUACUUCUUCGGCACCCUUUCUAGCAAUCCGAUGCUUAAAGGAGUUAGCAAUUCAAGAAAGUGACACUUAUCCUACAGCCGCAAGGGUGCUACAAGGUGAUUUCUAUAUGGAUGACCUUCUCACAGGAACGCAUACUGAGGAGGAAGUAUGCCGGUUACAACAGGAAUUAAUGGAACUGUUACAGCGAGGAAGAUUUUAUCUACGCAAAUGGAGAAGCAACAAUAGAAGAGUGCUUAGCUCGUUAGCUCAAGAUAGCGAAAGGGACGAAUUUUUAAUUUUAAAUAAACAUGAGGUCUUGAAAACCCUUGGACUGCAUUGGAACGCAGAAAGGGAUUACUUACAAUAUGAAGUACAAAUAAUGAAGGAACUACCAACAACAAAAAGGCAAUUACUAUCUUUAAUCUCGAAAAUCUUUGAUCCUCUGGAUCUUAUCGAGCCAGUCUUAGUGGUAGCAAAGUAG